GCCUCCAGCAACCUCUCUCUCUCUCUCUCUCUCUCUCUCUCUCUCUCUCUCUCUCUCUCUCCCUCUCCUGCCACAGUGCAUGGCUGGUCCUCCCUCCCCAGCAGAGGACCUGUAGCUGUGGGGAUGCCAGGCUGGAGAUAGUCGGUCCGGACCGGGUCCUCGCCUCGCGCUCUCCGCCCUGCCUCCGCUCUCCGCCGGCCUCCAGCAUGGCUCCAGCCGCGCGCGUCCUGCUGCUCGUGUCCGGGUGGGCCUCUCUGUGCGUCGGGCUCUGCGCCCUGCUCCAAACGCACCCGGUCCCCGAGGGGCCCGCGCUGGACUUCUCACGGCCCGUGGAUAGAACGCAGGACCGGGACGCGCUCUUACAGGACACCAUGACGGAGCACAUGCAGAUGCUUUACGCGAAGUACAACCGCGCAGGGUUUCACUCCAGGGACGGAAACACGGUGCGCAGCUUCAAGGCGCACUGGGGAACCCUGAACAACAGGAAGCAGCAGAUCUUCAACCUCACGUCUCUCACCAAGUCGGAGGCCGUCCUGUCGGCGACCCUCCACUACUACGUGGGCGACCUCGGGAACGGCUCGCGGGGCCACGCCCCCCGCCGGCCCGGCCACGUCCACAUCCUCAUCUGGAGCUUCGGCCCGGAGGACCGCCGGACCAGGAUGCUGGGACACUUCCGGGUCAACGUGUCGUCUCUGCAGGGCGACUUCCUGUCGUGGCAGUGGAAGGACAUCACCGCCGUGGUCAACCGGGCCAAGAACCAGGACCAGCUGCACAUCGGGAUCGACGUGUCUUCGCGGGGGCCACAGCUGUGGAGGAGGCUGCUGUCCGACCGCUCGCCCUACAUCCUCAUCUACGCCAACGACUCGGCCAUCUCGGAGCCCGAGAGCGUGGUGGCCACCCUGCAGAGGCGCCGCCCGGCCGGAGCCGCCGGCGCCGCCUCCCACGGCCUCGGCAGACCGGGCCCGCCGAGGCUGAACGGCACGGCGCUCAGGCAGAGGCGCUCGGCGAACGUUCUCCUGCCUCUGCAGAACAACGAGCUGCCCGGGCCCGAGUACCCCUACGAGGCCGCCGGGUGGGACGAGGCCCGGCCCUACCGGCCGCCGGAGGACAGGCAGGCCCGGCGACCGCGGAAGAAAGUCCGCAAGAAUCAGAGGAACAAGAUGCCCCUGCUGCAGUUUGACGAGCAGACCAUCAAAAAGGCUCGGAAGAAGCAGUGGAACGAGCCCAGGAACUGCGCCCGGCGCUACCUGAAGGUGGACUUCGCAGACAUCGGGUGGAGCGAAUGGAUUAUUUCACCAAAGUCAUUCGAUGCCUACUACUGCUCCGGGUCCUGCCAGUUCCCCAUGCCCAAGGCCCUGAAGCCCUCGAACCACGCCACCAUCCAGAGCAUCGUGCGGGCCGUGGGGGUCGUCCCGGGCAUCCCGGAGCCGUGCUGCGUCCCCGAGAAGAUGUCCUCCCUCAGCAUCCUCUUCUUCGACGAGGACAAGAACGUGGUGCUGAAAGUCUACCCCAACAUGACCGUGGACUCCUGCGCCUGCAGAUAGCUCCGCCUCCCGCCGCGCCUCGUCCCUCACAGAGAACCCGAAGUGAACCGGAGACCCAGCCUUCAGCGUGCUCCUCCUCCUCCUCCUCCUCCUCCUCAUUCAGUCCCACACUCACUCGGUUCUCACGUCCGCUGUGUUCGUCUUGGUUUUGCACUGAAGGAGAGGAGGCUGGUGAGCAGGGCUGGCUGGGCGGAGAGCAGCCCCCUCACCCCACCCCCCCGCCGCAGCGGGGCCCCCUGCUGGGCGGCACGGCGGUGCACCGCCAGAAGACUCGGGGUUGGGGCCUUUCUGUGUGUAGUUUGCAUGUUCUUCCUGUGCAUGGGUUUCCUCCCUCCCACUGUCCACAGACACGCCCGUGAGGAUCAUUGCUGUCUUGAUGUAAGCUGUGUGUGUGUGUGUGUGUGUGUGUGUGUGUGUGUGUGUGUGUGUGUGUCUGGUGGGCUGGAAAGCCCUCCCACCAUUUCUCACUGUCACUGCUUCAAGCCAAAUAUUUAUGCAGAGACUGGAAGUUUUUUCUACUCCUGUACAUUGGAAUGUAUAUAGACCACUAUGAAACCUGUUCUGAAGAUAGACGUGCCUUUUACAUCGCUGUAUUUCUGCUUUUAAGAAAGUUCUGUGUAUCACCUGUCCGCCGCCAACAGCUGAGAAGAUCUUCACGUUACAUUUUAUAGAGAAGAAAAGUCAUAUUUUUAAAGUUUACAUGAGGGCUGAUGAAGGUCGGACAUUUUUCUGUCAUUUUCACGAAGCUGAUGGAUGUUUCUGGACCGUGAGCGUCCAGCCGCCUGCUCGGCCUCUGCAGUCUGUCAGAGCGUCUCUCCACUCUGACACUCCACAUUGUAAAUGUUGUGCUUUCACUAAAGACCUGCUUGUACCAUAUGCUUGCUAAAGUAUAUUUGUAUAUGGAAAAACACCUAAAAAUCACUAUUUAUUUACUGUAUGUUAUUUUAUGUUACUAUAUCACAGAGUGGCUCUUCAACAUGUUGCUGCAGUGUUUCAGUCACAAAGGACUUUUUUAAUUUGUGCAACUGUUCAUUAAACGUCAAGUCUCAAGGUAACCGCUGUGUGGA